AUGGUGCCAAGAUUCCACAAACUGGUGAACCAAAUUGCAUCAAAUGCCACCAACUGGGGUAUGGCAAAAGAAGAAAAGAAAAAUGAAGUGAUCACGGCAGUUUACAAAGCAUAUAUGCAUUGCCCACAAUGUGCAGACGACAUUCAAAAGCCUCUGUUGAAAAUUCCAGGAGUGCAUAAGGUUGAUGCCAAAUUUGAAAAGGGUGAGGUUACAGUUAAAGGUGCCAUUGAUGCCAAAAAGGUUCAAGAAAAGUUACAAAAAUGGAGCAAGAAAAAAGUCGAGUUAAAGUCCGAGACUGAGUCCAAGGACGAAGUGAAAAAGGAAAGCACAAAUAAUUCUCUGUUUCACGGCACACUUCGACAAGCUUGUCACCAAGGUCUUAUGGCUUCUUCACAUGGAGAAACUAAUCAUGUUUUGAUGGAAGAUAAAUCAUCUGUGAGAAUCAUCACGCUCAAUAGGCCUAAGCAGCUCAAUGCGCUUUCAGCUACAAUGGUGUCCCGUUUAUUGGAGCUUUUUCAUGCUUCUGGAGAGGACCCUUCUAUCAAACUAAUAAUUUUAAAGGGUAAAGGAAGAGCAUUUUGUGCUGGAGCUGAUGUUGCAGAGAUUGUUCAUUAUAUUAAUGAAGGUAAAUGGAAAUUAGGUGCAAAUUUGUCGAGAGAGGAACUUACGAUGAACUAUGUGAUGGCUACAUACAGCAAACCCCAGGUUUCAGUUCUUAAUGGGAUUGUGAUGGGAGGAGGAGCUGGUGCUUCUAUACAUGGAAGAUUUCGUGUUGCUACAGAGAAUACGAUUUUUGCCAUGCCUGAAACAGCACUGGGACUUUUUCCCGACGUAGGGGCUUCCUACUUUUUAUCUAGACUCCCCGGAUUUUUCGGAGAAUAUGUUGGUCUGACGGGUACAAGGUUGGAUGGUGCAGAAAUGCUCGUAUGCGGUCUAGCAACUCACUUUAUUCCAUCAGAGAAAUUGCCGUUGUUAGAAGAAGCACUUGUUAAAGCAGAAUCUGGUGAUCCAGUUGUUAUAUCUUCUAUAAUCAGUGAUUACUCACACACACCAAAUGUGAAGCCGAAUAGUUCUUACCGCAGGUUGAAUAUCAUCAAUCGAUGCUUCUCACGAAGAACAAUAGAAGAGAUUAUAGCCGCCCUUGAGAGGGAGUUUGCUGAGACAAAGGAUGAUUGGAUCAUGUCCACAAUACUGUCUUUAGAAAAAGUGUCUCCUAUGAGCCUUAAAAUUUCUCUUAGAUCUAUUAGAGAAGGAAGGCUCCAGGGCAUUGGUAAAUGCCUUAUUCGAGAAUUUAGAAUGCUUUCUCACGCAAUGCGCGGAGAAAUUUGCAAGGAUUUUACGGAGGGUUGCAGAGCUAUACUGAUUGACAAGGACCGAAAUCCGAAGUGGGAACCCUCCAAAAUUGAGUCGAUCAGUGACGAAAUUGUUGACCGUUACUUCUUGAAGAUGGACGAUGAUGAUGACUGGGAAGAUUUGAAAUUACCUGUGAUCAGGUCAGAUUUACCGGCGAAUGUUUUGGUGGAAGAGAAAUCAUCUGUGAGGAUUUUCACGCUUAACAGGCCAAAGCAGCUCAAUGCACUUUCAGCUGCAAUGGUGUCUCGUUUGUUGGACCUUUUUCUUGCUUGUGCAGAUGAUUCUUCAAUCAAAUUAAUAAUUUUAAAGGGGAAAGGAAGAGCAUUUUGUGCUGGAGGUGAUGUUGCUGCAGUUGUUCAUGAUAUUAAACAAGGUAAUUGGAAGUCAGGUAUGAGUUAUUUCAGAGAGGAGUUCACAAUGAACUACGUGAUUGCUACUUACAGUAAACCUCAGGUUUCAAUUCUGAAUGGAAUUGUGAUGGGAGGAGGAGCUGGUGCUUCUAUACAUGGUAGAUUUCGAAUUGCUACGGAAAAUUCGCUUUUUGCUAUGCCUGAAACAGCUCUGGGGCUUUUCCCAGAUAUAGGAGAAUAUGUUGGUCUGACUGGUGCACGGUUAGAUGGUGCCGAGAUGCUUGCAUGCGGUCUAGCAACUCACUUUGUUCCAUCAGAGAGACUGGCUUCUUUAGAAGAUGCACUCGUGAAAGCAAAUUCCAGUGAUCCAGCUGUUAUUUCUUCUAUUAUUGGUGAAUUCUCUCAAAUACCGAAUUUGAAGCGGAAUAGUGUUUACCACAGAUUGAAAACAAUUGAUAAAUGUUUCGCGAGAAGAACAAUUGAAGAGAUCAUUGUAGCCCUUGAAAGUGAGGCUGCAGAAAAGAAUGACGAUUGGAUCUCGUCUACAAUUAACUCAUUGAAGAAAGCAUCCCCUAUGAGCCUUAAAAUCUCUCUUAGAUCGAUUCGAGAAGGGAGGCUCCAGGGCAUUGGCAAAUGCCUCGCUCGGGAGUUCAGAAUGGUUUGUCAUGUGAUGCGUGGAGAUAUUAGCAAGGAUUUUGUCGAGGGUUGCAGAGCUAUACUGAUUGACAAGGACCGGAAUCCAAAGUGGGAGCCCUCGAAUUUAGAGUCGAUCAGUGAAGAAAUGGUCGACCGAUAUUUUGCCAAGGUAAAUGAAGAUGACUGGGAAGAUUUGAAGCUGCCAGUCAACUCAAACUUACCUGCAUAUGCUAUUGCUAAACUAAAAAAAUAA